AUGACUGUGCGGCCAGAACCCCCACCCCGAGGUUCUGCUUCUAUGUGGCGGUUUCUCCUCCGUUUCCUGUCGCUGCAACUCUUGUUGCCAUUGACUCUGGGCUACAAAUUGAACGUGCCCCAGGUGUUGCUGCCCUUUGGCCGGGAGCCAGGCCGUGUGCCCUUCCUCCUGGAGGCCCAGAGGGGCUGUUACACUUGGCAUUCCACCCAUCAUGAUGCAGUAACUGUUGAACCUUUAUAUGAAAAUGGAACUUCAUGUUCCCAAAAAGCUAUGCUCAUUGCUGAAUCCACCCAGCCAAUUCGCCUCAGCAGUAUCAUUCUUGCUCGAGAGAUAGUGACUGGCCAUGAACUGCGCUGUGAUGUCAAAGUUGAUAUAAUAGACAGCAUCGAAAUUGUAUCCCGAACCAGGGAGCUUUAUGUAGAAGAUUCGCCACUGGAGCUUAUGGUGAGGGCAUUGGAUGCUAAAGGAAAUACUUUUAGUAGUUUGGCAGGAAUGAUGUUUGAAUGGAACAUUGCCCAGGAUAACGAGUCAACAAGAGAACAACUGUCAAGCAAAAUUAGGAUUCUGAAAUACUCUGAAGCCGAAUAUUCUGCCCCUGGGUAUAUAGUGAACAUGGAAAAAGAAGAGAAAAAAGGAGAUAGGAUUUUGGUGUCUGGGAUUAGGACUGGUGCUGCCAUUGUCAAAGUUCGAAUUUAUGAAUCCUUUUAUAAGAAAGUGAAAGCAGCAUUGAUACGCCUGCUUGUAUUGGAAAAUAUAUUUCUUAUACCAUCCCAUGAUAUUUAUCUCUUAGAGGGCGCAUAUAUCAAAUACCGAGUAGCAAAAAUGGUUCAGGGGAAAAUAACAGAGGUGGAAUCUCCCCUGAGACAGUAUACACUGGAAUUGCAAGACCAUAGACCUGAAUGUAAUGGAAGUUUUUCUGGGAAAGUUGCUUCACUGGAUGAGAAAACAGCCACAGUGACUGCUCUCCAACUGGGCCAAACAAACCUUGUCUUUGUCCAUAAAAAUAUCCAUAUGCGAUUUGUGUCUGGACUCCCAAAUUGCACCGUGUAUGUUGUACAGCCUGCGUUUUUAGGUUUCACAGUCCAACCUGGAGAUAGAUGGAGUCUAGAGGUGGGACAGGUGUACACCAUUACAAUGGAAGUAUUUGAUAAAAGUAGUACCAAAGUCUAUACUUCAGAUAAUUUCAGGAUUAUGUACCAGUUUCCAAAAGAGUACUUUGAAGAGAAGCUAAGUACUACUAAUGGAUCCUAUCAUGUAGUAAAAACUCUGAGAGAUGGUGUCAUGGUAAUAAAUGCAUCCCUGGUUGCCGUCCUUUCCCAGAAUGCAAAUAUCACACCUAUAAAAGUUCCAGUCAUACAUCAACAAGAAGUGAAGAUUUAUUUUCCCAUCAAGCUUACACCAAAAUUUCUGGCAUUUCCUCAUCAUCCUUUGGGAGUGUUAUAUAGUUAUAACAUACAGGUGGAAGGUGGCAGUGGCAACUUCUCCUGGACCUCUUCUAAUGAAACAGUUGCUUUGGUAACCACUAAAGGAGUGGUGACAGCUGGUCAUUUCAGGGGAAACAGCAGUGUUUUGGCUCGAGAUGUACAAAAUCCCUUUCGUUAUGGAGAAAUUAAGAUAUACGUCCUGAAACCGAAUAAAAUAGAACUAUUCCCGUUUCAUGCUGAUGUGGAGAUUGGCAAAAUCAUAGAAAUUCCCAUUUCAAUGUAUUACAUAAAUAAGGAAACCAAAGAGGUUAUCUCAUUCACAGACUGCUCUCAUUUAUCUUUGGAUCUGGACAUGGAUAAGCAAGGAGUCUUCACUGCUGUUAAGGGAGGUAUACAAAGACCUGGACCAAUACACUGUUCUAGUACACAGAUAGUAGCCAUAUCUUUGGGCCACACUCUGGUAACAGUGAGUGUGGCUGAAUAUGAAGAGUACUUGGAGAGCAGUGCUACCUUUGCUGCUUAUGAACCCCUAAAGGCUCUAAACCCCGUGGAAGUGGCAUUGGUGACAUGGAGGUCUGUGAAAGAAGUGGUAUUUGAAGGAGGGCCUCGUCCAUGGAUCUUGGAACCUUCCCGAUUCUUUUUGGAUUUGAGUGUGGAGAAUGCAGCAAAAACCUCAGUAAUGGAAGUCCGGAUUCCAGCUAAAAGAAACCAGAACCAGUACAUUUAUCGGGUCUUGUGCCUGGAUUUAGGAGAACAAGUUCUGACAUUCCGAAUUGGAAAUCACCCAGGUGUUCUGAACCCUAGUCCAGCUGUAGAGCUUGUUCAGAUCAACUUCAUAUGUGCUCACCCUGCCAGCAUGUCAGUGACCCCAGUAUACAAGGUACCAGCAGAUGCCCAACCAUGUCCUCUGCCACAGCAUAAUAAACAACUAAUUCCUGUAUCAAGCCUAAGGGACACAGUCCUGGAACUGACAGUGUUCGAUCAACACAGAAGAAAGUUUGAUAAUUUCAGUACACUAAUUCUCGAAUGGAAAUCCUCAAAUGAAACAUUAGCUUAUUUUGAAGAUUUGAAACCAAUGGAGAUGAUAGCAAAGGAUGAUGGCAGUGGGCAGACACGGUUACACGGUCAUAAGACUCUUAAAGUACGUCAGAUAAAAGGGGCUGUAUUUAUUGGAGUCAAUUUUGUGGGAUAUUCAGAAAAGAGAAGUCCAAAGGAACUUUCCAACUCACCCAGAUCUGCAACUGUGGAGCUGCUGCUGGUGGAUGACGUAACUAUUUUGCCUGAGAAUGCCACCAUCUAUAACCAUCCUGAUGUGAAGGAAAUAUUUAACCUUGUGGAAGGAUCUGGUUAUUUUUUAAUUAAUAGCAGUGAGCAGAACAUUGUCAGUAUCACUUACGUGGAAUCAGAAAGCUCUGUCCAGUUAGUUCCAGUACAUCCUGGAUACCUUACCUUAGAAGUCUAUGAUCUGUGCCUGGCUUUUUUAGGCCCAGCAGUCACUUACCUCAGAGUGUCAGAUAUACAAGAGCUAGAGCUUGAUCUGAUUGAUAAGGUUGAAAUAGGUAAAACUGUGUUAGUAACUGUGAGAGUUCUUGACUCUUCCAAACGCCCAUUUCAAAAUAAAUACUUCAAAUACAUGGAACUCAAACUGCAAUUGGCUUCUGCCAUUGUCACCCUAACAUUCCUGGAGGAACAAGAUGAAUACUCUGAAAAUUAUAUUCUUCGAGCUGUCACUAUUGGACAAACCACACUUGUGGCUGUUGCCAGGGACAGGAUGGGGAGGAAGUUUACAUCUACCCCUCAACAAAUUGAAGUGUUUCCUCCAUUCAGACUUGUUCCAGAGAAAAUUACACUGAUUCCAACUAAUAUGAUGCAGGUAAUGUCUGAAGGUGGCCCCCAGCCCCAGUCCAUUAUUCACUUCUCUGUCAGUAACCAGACUGUGGCUGUUGUUAAUAGGAGGGGGCAAGUUACAGGGAAAGUGGUCGGCACAACUGUGGUACAUGGGACCAUCCAGACAGUAAACGAAGACACUGGCAAAGUCAUUGUGUUCUCCCAGGAUGAAGUGCAGGUUGAAGUUGUUCAGCUGAGGGCUGUAAGGAUCCUGGCAGCUGCAACUCGACUCAUCGUAGCUACUGAGAUGCCAGUUUAUGUGAUGGGAGUAACCAGUUCCCAGACGCCUUUUUCCUUUAGCAAUGCUUCUCCUGGGCUCACAUUCCAUUGGUCCAUGAGCAAAAGAGAUGUAUUGGAUCUACUACCCAGACAUUCAGAGGUUUUUCUAAAGCUCCCAGUAGAAAAUAACUUUGCCAUGGUCAUCCACACAAAAUCUGCUGGUCGGACCAGCAUCAAAGUCACUGUCCGCUGUAUGGACAGCUCUUCUGGGCAGUUUGAAGGGAAUUUAUUGGAACUGUCUGAUGAAGUUCAGAUACUGGUAUUUGAAAAACUCCAACUUUUCUAUCCAGAGUGCCAAUCUGAGCAAAUUCUGAUGCCUAUAAAUUCUCAGCUCAAGCUCCAUACCAACAGGGAAGGGGCCGCCUUCGUGAGUUCCCGUGUCCUCAAGUGUUUCCCUAAUGCAUCCGUGAUUGAGGACGAUGGCAAAGGGCUCCUGAAAGCUGGUUCCAUUGCAGGUACUGCUGUGUUGGAAGUCACUUCUAUAGAACCCUUUGGAGUCAACCAAACAACAAUAAUUGGAGUUCAGGUAGCACCAGUGGCAUACCUGAGAAUGAGCAGCCAGCCCAAGCUAUACACUACCCAAGGAAGGGUCCUGUCAGCCUUUCCCUUGGGCAUGUCUCUCACCUUCACUGUUGAAUUUUAUAGCAGCAUUGGAGAGAAGUUCCACACACACAAUACCCAGCUUUAUCUGGCUCUGAACAGAGAUGACCUGCUACUUAUUGGACCAGGAAAUAGGAACUACACGUACAUGGCCCAGGCUGUGAACCGAGGGCUCACACUCGUGAGUCUCUGGGACCAGAGACAUCCAGGCAUAGCAGACUACAUUCCUGUUAUUGUAGAACAUGCAAUUGAACCAGAUGUCAAGCUUACAUUUGUCGGAGAUGUCAUCUGCUUCAGCACUCACCUCCUCAACCAGAAUGGUGAACCUGGGACGUGGAUGAUUUCUGCUGACAAUAUUCUUCAGACAGACAUUGUUAAUGGAGUAGGAGUAGCUAGGAGUCCAGGAACAGCAACGAUUUUUCAUGACAUCCCAGGAGUGUUGAAAACAUACCGAGAGGUAGUGGUCAAUGCAAUAUCAAGAUUGACGUUCAGUUAUGAUCGCAAGACUUACCUCACCAAUACCCCCAGUUCAUCUGUGUUCAAGCUCUUCGUCACCACAAGCACAAAUGGUGUCAAUGUAAAAGGAACCUGUACCCCAAAUCAAACCUCAGCCAUUACAACACUACUUCCAGAGACACUCAUGCUGUGCCAUAUACAGUUUAGUAACACUUUGCUAGAUAUUCCAGCAAGUAAAGUCUUUCACGUCCAGUCUGAUUUCAGUAUGGAGAAAGGGGUUUAUGUCUGCAUAAUCAAGGCUCGACCUCAGACAAAAGAGCUGCUCCAGGCCCUCAGUAUUUCUGACACCUCAGUCUAUGGGUGGGCGACUCUGGUCAGUGAACGUAGUAAGAAUGGAAUGCAAAGAAUCCUCAUUCCUUUCAUCCCAGCCUUUUAUCUCAACCAGUCAGAAUUGAUUCUUGGCCACAAAAAGGAUAUUGGGGAGCUAAAAAUAUUUGGAAUGGACAGAGUUCUAGAAAAGCUAGAGGUUUUCUCCAGUUCUCCCAACCUAGUGGUCUCUAGCCACCGGUACUUGUCUCUCAUGCCUAACCUGGCUGUCUAUACAGUGCGAGUGGUCAACUUCACUUCGAUGCAGCAACUACUUGUUCCAGCUUUCAUCAAUGUUUCCUGUUUACUAACAAGCCAAAAUGAGGCUGUGCAAGUGAGAGUGAAGAAAGAAAACCCUGAUGCAGAUCCGUGUGGAGAGUCGGGUGUCCUCCAGCACUUCAUAGGCUCUUACCAGGUCCUCCUCUUUACCCUCUUUGCGGUGUUGGCAUCAACAGCUUUCAUCUUUCUAGCAUAUAAUGCUCUCCUAAACAGGAUACAAACCGCUCCAGUCGUCUACGUACCAUCUCUAGGGCAUCCACACAGAGGUUCUUAUACCACACCUCCCCGACCUUUUGUGAACCCACAAACCCCAGGAGCUCAGAACCGAUUUCCACAUUGGCUAUGGAGUACAAGGCACUAA